AUGGCUAACAAAAUGAAGCUAUUUUUGGAUAAAAUAAUUACUGUAAACCAGAGUGCUUUUAUUCCGGGGCGUCUUAUUUCGGAUAAUGCCUUAGUGGCAUUUGAGAUUUUUCAUUCGAUGAAGAGGAAAGGUGAAGGUAGGGAUGGUUCGGUGGCUUUAAAACUUGACAUGAGCAAGGCUUAUGAUAGAGUAGAGUGGGUUUUCUUGGAGAGGGUAAUGUAUCGGAUGGGGUUUAGUGCAAAUUGGGUGCGAAGAAUUAUGGAUUGUCUGGCUACCUUUUCAUUUCCUUUUAAAGUUAAUGGAACCAUCUCCGGUAAUGUAAGCCCAACGAGAGGGCUAAGGCAAGGUGACCCUAUUUCUCCCUACUUGUUUUUGCUAUGUGCCGACGUUUUCUCAUCUUUAUUAGCAAAAGCGGCUUCGGAGAAUAAAAUUCAUGGUGCAAAAAUUUGUAAUGGUGCGCCUAGAGUCUCUCACUUAUUUUUUGUUGAUGAUAGCUUAUUGUUUGCUAGAGCUACUCUGCAGGAAUGCUCUGUAAUUGCUGAUAUUAUCAGGAAAUAUGAAAGAGCGCCUGGUCAAAAAGUCAAUCUUAGUAAGACAGAGGUGGUGUUUAGCAAAUGUGUGGAUACUAAUCGCAGAAUGGAGAUUGUGAAUACUCUAGGGGUACGACAGGUGGAUAAACAUGAAAAAUGCUUAGGCCUUCCAACAAUUAUUGGGAAGUCUAAGAAGGUCAUUUUUGCAAUAUUGAAAGAAAGAAUAUGGAAGAAGCUCAAUGCUUGGAAAGAAAAAUUGUUGUCGAAGCCCGGAAAUGAAGUACUUAUCAAAGCGGUGGCUCAAGCGAUUCCUACAUAUAUGAUGAGUAUUUUUAAGAUUCCCGAUGGUCUAAUUGAUGAAAUUCACGCAUUAUUAUGUCAGUUUUGGUGGGGGUCAAAUCCAAAUGAGCGUAAACUUCAUUGGCACAGUUGGGAGAAGAUGUGUUUACCCAAGUCAAAAGGGGGCCAAGGGGGCCUUGGUUUUAGAGAUCUAAAAUGCUUUAAUCAGGCCUUGCUCGCUACGCAUGUAUGGAGAUUAUACAAUGGUGGGGAUACUUUGCUGCAUAGGGUACUAAAAGCUCGAUACUUUAAGCACUCGUCUGUUUUAGAGGCUAGGCGUGGCAUCUCUGUAUGGACUGAACCGUGGCUGCUUAACGAAGGGAAAAUUAUAAGGCCAUCUCCUCUUUUAGCUCAUGAUUUAGAGACUAGAGUUUCUGAUUUGAUUGAUUUUGACAGUGGGGAAUGGAAGACUGAUAUGGUCCGGAGUAUGUUUGGGACUGAUGAAGCUCAAUGUGUUUUAAAUAUUCCUCUAUCUCGUCGGUGGCCAAAUGACAAAUUAUUUUGGAGCUUGACAAAGGAUGGGGAGUAUACUGUGAAAUCCGGCUAUUGGUUUGCAAAAAUGGGCUCACAAGACUCGAAUCAAGGGAAUGGCUUGAUUGAGAUGUGGAAGAGAAUUUGGAAGCUACAGGGACCCCCAAAGCUUCAGAUGUUCAUAUGGAGGGCUUGCAAGGGUAGUUUGGCAGUAAAAGAAAGGCUCUAUCAAAGACACAUUGUUCAUGGUUUGACUUGCCCCAUAUGUGGUGCUGGGAAUGAAACCAUAAUCCAUGCCCUGUUCGAAUUCCAGGCUGCUGCUAGCAUUUGGCAACAUUAUCCUCUUAUGAACUUGAUUACAGCAUGGUCUUGUAGGAACAAAAUUUGCUUUGAUAAUGCAAGACUCGACCCUCCCUCCUUAGCAGCAGGUUAUGUGAGAAUGGUGAACGAGUAUCUACCCUAUGCAAGGAAGAUAUUUCUAAAGACUCCAAAUUACUCUGCUGCUGUGGCUGAUAUGGCUUGGGUGCGACCUCCUGAAGGCGUAAUUAAGGUAAAUAUUGAUGCCCAUUAUGCUGAUUGCGGGAAUGUGGGGUUGGGUGCAGUGCUUAGGGACACCAAUGGGAAACUAAGGGUCUGUGCUGUGAAGAAAACGAUGGCUGCAUCCCCUAAAAUGGCAGAGGCUAUGGCAGCAAGGUAUGGUAUGCACAUAGCGCGACGUUUCGGAUAUACAAGAAUAAUGCUUGAAUGUGAUGCUUCAAAUGUGGGCAAUACUGUGAGAAGUCGCUCUUCUGGUUAUGCUCCAAUCUAUUUAGUAUACGAUGAUAUUGUAGAAGAUAGCUCUUGGUAUGACUCUUUUAGUAUUUCUCAUGUGAAAAGGGCAUGUAACACCGUAGCACAUAUGGUUGCUAGGUGGGAUACAUACGGUAAUUCAGAGUACAUUUAUAUGGGUCCUUUCCCUAAUGGCAUUUCGUCAUUGGCGGAUAUUGAUUUGAUUUAA